AUGACACUUGGAAAACAAGCUAGAUUAGAAGCUGGUUGCUCGAGCGUACCGAGUACCGAGGGAGUCAUUAAUAAAGGUAAAGGUACACGUGGACCUACGGGAAUGUCUGAGAUCACACGGGUUAGUUGUGAUGGACACAAGAGAGUGGUUGAAUACAAUGAGCCCGGUCAACCCAUUGGUGAAAGUGCAACCAAGUUAAAGAGUUUCAUUGGAACAAUCGUGCGGGUUCAUGUUCCGAUCAGUUACCAAUUCUGGAAGGAUGUACCUACAGAGCUCAAAGAUAAAAUUUACGAACUAAUUGAGGGUGGCUUCGUAGUAGACCCCAGAUCCAAAAAGAGUAUUUUACAAAAUGCGAGUGUAUGUUUUCGAAACUUCAAGUCAUCGCUAACUACAAAGCAUGUAUUACCAUAUAAGAAGGAUUUGGAGAAACUAAAAGACCCACCAACAGAAUACUCUUUCAUCGAUCGUGAGCAUUGGAACAUAUUUGUCGCUUCCAGAUUAACCGAACAAUUUGAGAUGGUUAGCAACAAGGGUCGUGAGUGGAGAAAGAACAACAAGUACAACCAUCGAAUGUCGCGAAAAGGUUAUGCAAACCUUACCGAAGAGAUGAAAGCAAGCACAUCUAAUGGUGAGUUAAUUGAUCGUGCUUUAGUAUGGAAGAAAGCACACUAA